GUUGAGGUCGCGAAUAAGAAAACAUGGACUAUGGAAGUCUGCCUUGACGACAAUUACACUGACUACAGUGAAUGAGUUUUAGCUUGUGAAAAUGUCCUACCGUGAUUUACGCAAUUUCACGGAGAUGAUGAGGGUGUUGGGUUAUCCGAGGCUAAUUUCCAUCGCGAAUUUUCGCGUGCCGAAUUUUCCCCUGGUCGCGGAGAUUCUGGUCUGGCUGGUGAAACGAUUCGAUCCGGACGUUGAUAUUCAUAGCGAUCACGAUACUGAGGAACAACGCGUGACAUUAAUUCGAAGUGUUGCUGAAUUUAUGGCGUUGAAGACAAAUGUAAAAUUAAACACGAAAAAGCUGUAUCAAGCCGACGGUUAUGCGGUGAAAGAGAUGUUGAAGAUAGCCGUGCUGCUAUACGACGCGCAGAACAGUAGCAACACCGAGAAGAAUCAAUCGGGCGGUAAUCAGAACGCAGUGAAUUUCGACAUAUCCGACAAAAUUAACGAGCUGAAAACAACUCGACAGCUGGCGAGUCAGUUGACCAUCAACGGGGCGACCCUCUUUGACUUACUCGGCCGAGAAGUGGAACUUCGAGAGAUUCGCAAUAUGAAAAUCGCGAGGCAAUUCGACACUUCGGAAAUAGAGGUAGCUCUAAAAGAUGUCACCGAAUACACGCGCAAAGAGAUCAGCGAAACGAAGAAGCAAAUCGACAAUGUCAAGGAUACAGAACAGAACUUGGACGCGAGAAUUGAGAGACGCAAAACGGAACUCGAUCGGAAUCAAAAGAGACUCCAUACGUUGAAGAAAGUUCGUCCAGCAUUCAUGGAGGAGUUCGAGAAGCUCGAGGUCGAGUUCAGAGCUUUGUACGAUGAUUACUUACAGAAAUUCCGGUAUCUGGCGUACUUAGAACAUUUGUAUGAAGACACGGCUAAGGUGGAGCAAGAAAGAUUUGAAAGACGGCAAGCCGCAACGAAGAAGCAACUGGAACAAAUGAGAGCCGAGGAUACGAACUUCGAAAGCAUGAUGGAAGGAAACGAUUCUAUAUUUGCUACGAAUCUUCAAGAGCCUCUAGUUACCCCACUUACGAAUCCGGAAGCCACAGCGGCAGAAAAAUCUGGUCAACCCCGUGCCAAAUCAAGUACCGGAAGAGCGUCAAAGAUGCAGUAUACCCAGCGGCGCAUUUACGGUAGCAUGUCCGGACGGCAAAGGGGUACGAUCCAGGAAAAUGACAGCGACGGCUCGCUGGAUAGCGAUAGUGAUUUACUGAUCGAUGGCGAUCUUGACGAUGACGACGACGAGGAUCUUUUAAAUUCCGUGGGUGCGACAGACAUGGCCACCUAUAAUCUCAAAGCCGCUCAAGAAAAACGGUCCGUCAGUAAGAUAGAAAGACAUUCGGACGAUGAUUUUUAGUAAGUAUAAAGUUUCUACCGAUUAUCCAGAUUUAUAUAUUAAAUGUUAAUAUUAAAUAAAGAAAUAAACAAUAAUCAAUAGAUAAGUAAAAUUAAUAAGAUUAAUUAAAAGUAAAAUUUAAUACAAAAUAUAUUAAAGAAUAGCGUGUAUAAUUCUUAUUCCCAAUUAAUGCCAUUUCCUUGUCAUUGUUUAGGAAAAACAAGUUUAAUAUAUCUUUUUUGUAAAAUAUAUUAAAUU